AUGUCAAAAUCUUCAGAUCCAGAUCAUUUCUUUCAAACCAGUCAUUCCCUCGCGGAAACCAGCCGGAAAACCCUCAAAUCCAAAAACCACCAUGGCUCCCCAAUCCGUCUUCAAAGUAAAAUCCUCGCCAUCAUCUCCCAUCCUGCAGACCCGGGCGCUGUAUACGUAGCCGAAAGUGCUGGGACAGCAAGGAGGGUAGUGCUCGAAGCUGCUGAAUCCUCCCAUACCUAUCGUGGACCGACGACACCCCUUACCUCGCUCGCUCUCUCUACGAUAUCCACUAUCGACUCCCUCUUCGCUGGCUCCUGGGACAAAUCCAUUUGGUCUUGGAACAGAACCACGCGAGUUCCACAACGCCGCUACUUUGGCCAUUCCGACUUCGUGAAAGCGCUUCUCUGCAUUCGUGUCAAUGGUGCAGAUGUACUCAUAUCUGGCUCCGCAGAUGCUUCCAUUAUCCUCUGGGAUGUUGAGACUGGUGACAAGCUACAUACGUUGAAAGGAGGGCAUACGAGAGGGAUCUUGGACUUAGCCGUCGACCCUAUCACAUACCCAUCAUCGCCGUUAGCGAAACAUGAUGGAAGAUCGAUCGUAGUUUUCAGUGCGGGGAGUGAUCGAGAAAUCAGGAGGUGGCGUAUCAGCGACGACCUCUCAACCGCUCGCGAGACCGAGACGGACAAACCACUCCUCCAGCACGAGACUAGCGUGUACAGGUUACAUUUCGACGCUGACGACGACCUGUGGACAGCAAGCGCCGACGGUAGCGUGAAAUGCCUAGGUAGGGAAAGAGGGUGGCAAGCUGACACCACGCUCGUGCAUGGAGAUUACGUCCGAGCAGUGGCUGUCGAUGAGAGAGGUGGUUGGGUUGUGAGUGCUGGCAGAGAUGAAGACGUGAAGAUUUGGGACAGGGCGAGCGGCAAGUUGCACCAUACGUUCUCAGGGCAUUUUGAGGAGAUCACUGGGAUGUUGUUGACAGGCCAGACGGUGGUGACGGUGAGCAUAGAUGCUACCAUUAGACGAUGGUCGCUGAAGGCCGAAGAUCUGGGGAAGGCGGUGAGGGAAGCUGAGGAAGCCAAGAACGGGGUCGAAAAGGAAGAGAAGGUAGUGCAAAAGAAGGGGAUAAUAACGGAUGACGAGGAGAGGGAAUUGGCGGAACUGAUGGGAAGUGAUAGCGAGUAA